AUGCUUAAUUACUUACAGACAGCCACCGCCAAUUUGGCCAGGCUAUCUGCCCAUAAGCCCAUCCACGUGACGCUAUUGACUUCGUUACUUGUGUCGAUCGCCUACCUUGCCGUGGUGGAUGAGUAUAUCCCAAGUCAGCUUGAGAACAAUCGCAGUGUGAGUUAUUACCAUCCUCCAGGGUCUACCGACUAUUCGAAAUGGGUUCAGAUUGACGAUCCGGCUCUGUAUCCUGACGCUGAUGCCGUGUCUUUGGUGCCGUUGGUGUUUAGAAGAAGACAUAACCACGUCUUGCCCAAUGUUCCAGACACCAUUACCGGUGCCCACUAUGAGAAGAUCUUGGUUGUCAAGUCCAAUGUUUUGGACUCGAAGCUAGGCGGUUUGAGUAAGAUCACCGCUGGAGGUGUCACCUGGAAGGCUCGUUCCCACAAUAAAGUGGCACGUCUUCUUGAGCACGGUAAGUCUGCCUAUGAAAAACUUCUUUAUUUGAUUCAGGGCGCAGAAACCUUCGAUAUUGGCUUAAUCACUGUGGCCUAUAUUGCCAUGGCUUAUACCAUUGUUAAGGUUUUCUUCGACUUGAAGCAAAAAGAUUCAAGUUUCUGGUUGGGUUUCUCCACCAUCAUCUCCUCCACGUUCGCUUUCAUCUUCGCCUUGGCUGUUACCACCAAGAUCUUCGAGACAAAGGUUUCUUUGCUCAGUAUGACCGAGGGUAUCCCUUUCUUGACCGCCAUUAUUGGUUUCAAGCAUAAGGUUUCCAUUGCCUCGGCUGUUGUUAACGAGUCGGCCUCCAACCUCGAUGUCAAGACAAUUGUCUCUUCUGUCAUUUCCAGUCACACCACCAGCUUGCUUAGAGACCAUGUUACCGUCAUUGUCGCUUUGCUCUCUGCUUUGUUGUACACUGCUAAGAUGGAAGGCUUGAGAAACUUUUGUUUGUUGAGUAGUACCAUUUUGGCCUUCGACUUGUUGCUCACAUACACCUUUUUUUCUGCCGUCUUGGGUUUGAAGAUUGAGAUCAACAGAGCUCGCAGAACUCACGACUUGCAAAACGCGUUGGAAGAAGAGGGUAUCUCUUCCUUCGUCGCCGCGUCCAUUGCCAACCGUUCAGCCAAGAAUGAAUAUCCAAAGGGUGACUCGCGUACUACUGUCUUGUCCUUCAAGGUCAUGUUGCUCGCCAUCUUCUUUGCCUUCCACGGUUUGUGGUUGGGCAGCUCCUGGUUAUACGGAUCUUCAUCCGAACUAUUCAACGAUACUACCUCCCUUUCACAGAUUGCCGCUAAACAGAUCCUGAUUGGAGCUAAAGGAACUGUUGUAUCUAUUCUCAAACCACAAGUUUAUGUCCCUAACGGUAUCCUCGUCACUAUUGAGGAUCUCGUUUCUUCGGUGUUGGAGACCAUCUCCAGUGCUAUUAAGGAUAGCUUGAUUUCUAAGUUCCUUUUGUUCGGCUUCGCUAUCUCCAUUUCCUUCAACGCUUACUUCUUGAACGCUACCCGUUAUCAGCGUAAUGCCACCAACAAGUUGGUUGAAAGAGAAAUGUCGAGACCAAAGCUCAAUGUUUUGGCCAAGCCACAAAGAAAAUCUAAGAAGUCUAAGAAGAAGUCUCCUUCCUACGAUACAGACGACAGCUCUUCAAAUGAUGGCGCCCUCACCUUCAAUGCAUCCGUUAAGCUCUUGCCUCUUGAGGAAUGUGUGAAGCACUUGAAAGAAGGCAAGGUUAGGGAAUUGAACAACGACGAGGUCUCUUCAUUGGUUGUUGCCGGAAAAUUGCCUCUUUACGCUUUAGAGAAGCAGUUGCAAGACAACCUUCGUGCUGUUGUUGUUCGUCGUAAGGCUAUCGCCAAGCUUGCCAACGCUCCUGUCCUUGAUACUGAAAGAUUGCCAUAUGCUCACUACGACUACGACCGUGUUUUCGGUGCUUGUUGCGAGAAUGUCAUCGGAUAUAUGCCUUUGCCUGUUGGUGUUGCUGGUCCUUUGAUCAUCGACGGCACCCCAUACCAUGUUCCUAUGGCAACUACCGAGGGUUGUUUGGUCGCCUCUACCAUGCGUGGCUGUAAGGCUAUUAAUUCUGGAGGUGGUGUUCAAACUAUCUUGACACAAGAUGGUAUGACAAGAGGCCCUUGUGUUUCCUUCCCAUCCUUGGCAAGAGCUGGUGCUUGUAAGCUUUGGUUGGACUCGGAGGAUGGCCAGAGAACCAUCAAGAAGGCUUUUAAUUCUACUUCUAGAUUUGCUCGUUUGCAACACGUUAAAACUGCAAUUGCUGGAACCUUGCUUUUCAUUCGUUUCAAGACCACUACAGGUGAUGCCAUGGGUAUGAACAUGAUCUCUAAAGGUGUUGAGCACUCUCUUAAGUUCAUGUCUGAAGAGUGUGGUUUUGACGAUAUGUCUGUUAUCGCUGUCUCGGGUAACUACUGUACUGAUAAGAAGCCUGCUGCUAUCAAUUGGAUUGAGGGUAGAGGUAAGUCUGUUGUUGCCGAGGCCAGAAUUCCUAAAGAUGUUGUGGAGAAGGUUUUGAAAUCCGAUGUCGACGCUUUGGUCGAAUUGAACGUCAGCAAAAAUUUGGUUGGUUCUGCCAUGGCCGGAUCUGUCGGUGGUUUCAACGCCCAUGCCGCUAACUUGGUUACCGCUGUCUUCUUGGCCUGUGGUCAGGAUCCUGCUCAGAAUGUCGAAUCCUCGAACUGUAUUACUCUCAUGAAUAAGGUUGGUGAUGAUCUUCAGAUUUCCGUUUCCAUGCCUUCGAUUGAAGUCGGAACUAUCGGUGGUGGUACCAUCUUGGAAGCCCAAGGAUCCAUGUUAGACUUGUUGGGCGUUCGUGGACCACAUCCAAACAACCCUGGUGACAACUCGAGACGUCUUGCCUGUAUUGUUGCAUCUACAGUGUUGGCAGCCGAGCUUUCUCUUUGUUCUGCCUUGGCUGCUGGCCAUUUAGUCCAGUCCCAUAUGCAACACAACAGAAGUAAAGCUCCAGGCAGCAGCGAUAAAGCUGCCGCUACUCCUGCUGCUAAGCCUGUGGAAAAUGGAACUUCCAACGGUCAAGACUUGAAGCGCCUCAAAGAGGGAUCUGUUAACUGCAUUAAAUCAUAG